UCAUACGAAACUAGUCUGUGAUCAUCCAAAAAGCACGCUGAACCUUGUCAUCGUCGAACCAAAAACCUGGUUAGAAUGUAGAAACCCUUUUCCACUUUAACCGUGGAACAUCACGACGACCAAUGAUGUCCCGCCGAGCGGUUUGGCUUGUGUUAGCUUGUUGCGUUCUUCUGUCUGCAAAGGCAUCUCAGAAUAUCAACAAGCGUCGAUUGGGCUCUAAUCAGGAGCAUUACAACGUGCUCCGUCGAAUAGCCACUCCAGCGGAUUCCGCAACUAAAAGAAGCGAGGGAGUUGCUAGGCAACCAGUUGUUGGAAUCUUCAAGAUUAACGACGGCGGUGUAGUAGGCGCUGGAGUUUAUGAAGUUGGAAAAGAUGGCAAGGUGGACAUCGACCUAAAGAUAAGGAUCACACCGCCAGGUUCCGGGGGUGGGGGAGGAGAAGGCAGUACCCCUACCAUGGCACCAGGAGGGGGCGGUGGUUCCCCUACCAAGGCACCAGGAGGAGGCGGUGGUUCCCCUACCAAGGCACCAGGAGGGGGUGGUGGUUCCCCUACCGAGGCACCAGGAGGGGGCGGUGGUUCUCCUACCGAGGCACCAGGAGGGGGCGGUGGUUCCCCUACCAAGGCACCAGGAGGGGGCGGUGGUUCCCCUACCAAGGCACCAGGAGGAGGCGGUGGUUCCCCUACCGAGGCACCAGGAGGAGGCGGUGGUUCCCCUACCGAGGCACCAGGAGGAGGCGGUAGCACACCUACAAAGGGAGAAGGAAGUACCAGCCCUACACCAGGAGGUGGUAAGGAAGGUGCUGAAGACCAAAUCGCGUUGUCUAUCCACAACAAGUUCCGCAAAGUGCAUAACUCGCCGCCCAUGACCCUCAAUGCAGAAAUGUCCAAAUCUGCAAAAGAAUACGCCGAGAAAAUUGCAAAAUCGGGAAAAUUUACGCACUCCUCCAAGGAGGAGCGUGAUGGAGUUGGCGAGAACCUGUCUAUGGGAUGCUCUUCAAAAAAGGGACAGACUCCAGAAGAAGCCGUUACUAACUGGUAUAAUGAGGUUUGUAAUCCCGGCUACACGUUUGGCGGGGGAGGUGGUGGCAGCGGCACUGGUCACUUUACGCAGGUUGUCUGGAAGGAAAGCACGGAGCUCGGGUUUGGCUCAGCCUCCGCUGAAGAGGAUAAGAUGAAAUGCACAUACUACGUCGGGAGAUACAAAAAAGCUGGAAACAUGAUCGGAGAUUUCGAUAAAAAUGUCGAGCAAGGCAGCUUCGAUAAGCAAUCUUACUGCUCAAAAGUGAGCAAAUAAAAAGGUUUUUAAACAAUAAUUUGCUACAUUAAUAGCAAAUAAAAUAGAAUAUUUCCUUAAGAAUCUUCUUAAAUAAGUAAAAAAAUGAUAAAUAAACGAAUGAUAAAUAAGUUCAUUUUUCGACGGAAGUUAUUUUUGUAGUCGGAUAAACCUCUUACUAAAAACUCCCCUACUACCCUUCCCUAGCGACAAAAUGUUCAACGGGUAAACAUGGCGGAUUCGGGUUGUCUUGUCAGCGAAAGCUCCGAAAAACUGUCAAAUUCUCCCUCUUUAAAAAGAAGCAAGCAACUAAAAGCACACAAAUCACAAA